AUGAAACUGGAGUGGAAUAGCUCAACUGAUCAAGUUUCUAAUAAAUUAUUGGAUGAAAAAGGUGAAAACGCUGAAACAUGGAAAAGAAACCCUGGGCAAAAAAAUGAACUUUGCAGCAGUGAAUACAAAGUCAUUUCAGUUUCUUCUGCAAACGAGAAGGAUGAAGGGUAUGCAUGGUUGAUUGUGUUAUGCUCCUUUAUGAUCCAUGUCUUCAUAGCUGGAAUUGCCUACACAAUUGGAGUGACAUUUGUCAUAUUUCUAGAUACAUUUAAAGCCUCUAAGGGAGUGACAGCUUGGGUUGGAACCAUUAGCAGGAGCAGUUAUUCUAUCACAGGGGGAGGCUUAGGAAUAGCUCAUGUUCCAGCCAAUACAAUUAUCAAUGACUAUUUUGAAGCCAAGAAGACAAUUGCAUUUGGAAUAGCAAAAGCUGGACUUGGCAUAGGCUCAUUCCUAUAUCCUCUACUGAUUGAAGCCCUAAAUGAGGAAUAUAGAUGGCGAGGAACUAUGCUUAUUUUGUCAGGGAUCGGAUUAAAUAUCUGUGUAUGUGAAUAUUCUCUUUUGAUGGGUAUUGGAGGAAGUGAAAGUGCAAUGUUGUUUUCUGUACUUGGUAUCACUAAUAUUGUUGGACUACUUUUGUUUGGAGUCAUAGCACAUCACCCAAAGGCAGAUGCCAUGCUGCUCUACAUUGGUGGUCCUAUUGUGUGUGGUGUAGCAAAGAUGUUACUACCUUUGCUUACACAAUAUGGACAAUUACUUGCUUAUUCUGGAUUGAUAGGACUUUGUAGUGCAACAGCUGAAGUACUUUCACCAACAAUAAUUUGUCAGAUCUUAGGGCCUAAUGAACUACCAAAUGGUUAUGGUGCAACAUUGGCAUGUGCUGCAUUUGGGAUGUUAUUAGGUGGACCUGUAGCAGGUUUCAUGUAUGAUUCACUUCAUUCAUACAAUGGCUCAUUCUUUGUGGGUGGUGGGGCAAUUAUUACAAGCGCACUUUGCAUGGUUGUGCCUUAUUUACGCUUGAGAAAAAAACAUUCACAUAGGCCCCUUGAGGCUGUUAUUGAGAAACAGGAACCUCUUAUGGAUGAAACAAAGAUGUAA